CCUCUUCACAAACCUCUACUGCUACAAUGAGCCACCCCACACAUUCUCUGUGGUGCUUCGCCACCGUCACCAUCACCCUCCUUCUAUUGUUGGCCUCAUCAGCCGCACAAGACGCGUACGCCACUCUCCCAGCCCAACAACAACUAACUCAAUAUCGACAAAGGAGCCUAGCAAGCCAGUUCCUAGUCCCCCAGAAUGCCGCACGGUCCAUGCUGCGGUUGCGUCCGCUGACGUGGAGUGCGAAACUCACGCGCUACGCGCAGUGGUACGCGAACCAGAGGCGCAACGACUGUGCGCUGCAGCAUUCGAACGGACCGUACGGCGAGAACAUAUUCUGGGGGAGUGGAACUGGGUGGAGCCCGGCCCAAGCGGUUGACGCUUGGGUGUCGGAGCGGCAAUACUACAACUAUUGGCGCAACUCUUGCGCCAAUGGUGAAAUGUGUGGACAUUACACUCAAGUUGUUUGGAGCUCAACUAGGAAAGUUGGGUGCGCUGUGGUUACAUGCAAUGGUGGAAAGGGUCAGUUCAUGACAUGUAACUAUGAUCCUCCCGGAAACUACAUCGGAGAAAGGCCUUAUUGAAAGUGAAAGCUACGUUUCAAGAGUGUGGCGGGGUGGAGACAAGUCAAUAAUGUCAUAGUCCCAUUAUUAUUGUUAUAGCUGGCUCUGUGUGCCAUGUGGGUUUUCAUAUGAGGCCUAUGUCUCUUGCCUUAAAUCAUUUAUGGCUCAUCUGUAUCUUUGUCUUUCUUCUCCUUGCUUAAUAUUAUACUAUAUACUAUAUAAUUUAACAUGUAAUGUUGUAUAUUUAUAAUUUAUUGAUUGAUUAUUAUUACUUGCUUUUUGGAAUUUCAAUUCUUAAGACAUGGGGAAGAAAUCUAACUGGAAUUAAGAAUACAAUGGGCACUUUUUAGUUUGGAUAGGUGCAAUAAUGUGGGUAGACAAAAAUUGGAAUAUGAUGAAAGGGUACAGACUGUAACGAAAUGACAUGGAAUAUUGGAAUUACAUAAUAGUAGACCAUUCAUAAUUAAAGCACGUUUGCUUCGCUUGACUGAGUUU